UCUCGCGCGCUUCAGCUGUAGCGUGUCACAGCUCCAAACUGCUCCAAAGUGCUGCUGAGAGGGAAAAUCACUCUGAACGAGGGGUGAAAAUAUAUAUAUUAGUGCCAUACCGGGGAGUUCACACAAGCAUGGAGGAAUACGAAGAAGGUUCUCAGAGACCAGACUCCAUCCCAGAAGUGGGGGAAGAUGCAGCGAGCAGCGUGCAGCCCGCCUCUAGCACAGCCCUUACUGAGGAGGAACAAGAGGAGCUACGCAGUGAACUGGUGAAGGUGGAGGAGGAAAUCCAGACACUUACUCAAGUGCUGGCUUCUAAGGAGAGGCACUUGGCAGAGAUCAAGCGGAAGCUGGGAAUCACUCCAUUCAACGAGCUUAAGCAGAACCUGAGCAAGAGCUGGCAGGAAGUCACUACAUCCACAGCGUAUAAGAGGACGUCAGAAACGCUGAGCCAAGCUGGCCAGAAAGCUACAGCAGCGUUCUCCAGUGUGGGUUCAGCCAUCACCAAAAAGCUAGAGGAUGUCAGAUUACAGUCAUUAUCCAAUUCCUUUAGUAUACGCUCCAUACAACACUCCACUAGCAUGCCUGUGAUGAGGAACACUCCCACCUUCAAGUCAUUUGAGGACAAAGUGGAGAGUUUAAGGACCAAGGUGAGCCCCACUGCAUCAUCCACCGAGCUGGAGAUUGAGUCAGAAUCGACGCCGAGUGCAGAGCCGGUGGUCAAGCAGCCAGAUGGGACGGCUGAUCUGGCUCCGGAGUCACACUGAGGAACAGCCUCUUCACCUCUCUUGACUCUUUGCUUCUUCCACCCCUCCUCCCCUCUGCUUUUCCAUCCUAACAUCAUACAUAGCUGAAAAACAAAACUGAUGCUCACUUUCUUUCCCUCAAACUAGUUAGGAAAGAAUGUGUUCAUAGGAAAUAUAUAUCACAUGGACACAAGGAGAGCAGAUAGAUGAGCUUUUAAGAGUCCACAGUUUUCUAAAAAAAAAAAAAAAAUCACUGUCUAAGUUUUCGCACUACACGGGUUCAUUUUCCUCCGAGUUCCGUUAACCACAAUCAUUUCAUCCUCUGAAUGUUCACGAGUCUGGUAUCCAGAGCGUGUGGUAGGUAGGCAGACACUGGCGCUGAUCUUGGAUCAGAUGGAGAUGAAUGAACACUUAGGGCUUCACACAUGUUUGUAUAUAGCUUCUGACCUUUGUCUGUUAUCUGCUUGGUUUUCUUCCUCCAAACCCUAACAUGAAUGCAUACAAAAAAAAGGCCAGUGUGCCCUUCAUGGGUCCAGUGACAGGGGAUAAGGUCUGCACUGCAACACAGCCCACAGAUGACCUUUAUAUGCAGUUUUGCCGUAAAGGACAAACAGUGAAGCUGCCAUUAGAAGCUCUGCUAUGACCUUUUAUAGAGAUAAUGUUUUUGUAUUCAUCACAUUUCCUCUCUAAAUAAAACACUGCCAUAAAAUAGCACUUAGAGGCUACUCUAAAUGGUAUACUGUUGAGUACCUCAUAGCAAAUGACAACCUCUCUGGAAAAGACAAUAUAUUUUCCUUUUUUUUUUUUUUUUGUGGCUUCGCCUCCACAAGUACGUUUUGCCUUGUGGACUUUAAUAAUACAAAUGCCAAAAAUAUUGGGAAGAGAAGCCUUGUCUGACACUUAUGUUAUUUAGAUGAAUAAUGCUGGAUAAAGAUUGUCAAAAACGCUAUAUGAUUUAUAUAUUAAAAAAGCAGGUUUAUAUAUUAACAAAAGCUAAAAUAUUGAAAACAAUUAAGUGUUUAGUGUCGAAUUGUUUAUGUUCACAUUUAACAGAGAGAUAAAAAGAAAGUAUUUGCCAAUGUUAAAUUGUAGUCUUCCAAAUCUAUGAAGGAACAUUGUUAUAAAAACUACAAUAGUUACAGAAAAUGAAACAGAUCUGAACACAACAAAAGUAUUGAUUUUGUAUUCCUUAAUGUAGCUCCAGAUCUGUUUGGGGUGAGCACAUGGUGCGAGGUUUAAAGAGUAUAAUGACAGAGCAUGCCGUUACAGGACGAUAAACCCGGGACGCUGUGACUCCACAAGGUUGACUUUGUAAAUGAAUUAAUUUUCCUAUAAUAUCAUACCUUCAAGUUUUUAUUCUUCAUCUACUACAGCAAGUUAUCCAUUUAUAUUUCCACUGCAUUUCAGUGUCUGAAAUAUUUAGUUCGUGUUUUCACUCACCUUUCCUCAUCAUACUCUCGUGAAUCCAAUAAGACAAAAUAUGCAGCUUGUCCCGAGAAGCAUUUCGUCCUGAGGAAUUUCCUGUAUCGGAUAACUUACUUGCAGAUUUACUGUGACUGAUGGAGAGCGCCGACACUAGAAAUGCUAAAAAGAUGUUUCCACCCAGAAAACUUAACUAUACUAACAGCUCCGCACAUUUUAGUCCGUUAAUGUGGCGCAUCUCUUAUACAAUUCAUUGUCUAACUUGUUACUAUGGGAAUGAUAACAUAUUGAAAGAUUGCACUCAUAUUAAUGUGCGAUUUGUCUUGUCAGAGCUACUGAAACAUCUUUAAUCAGCACUUUCUAUCCAGAGUCAGAAUUUAUUUCACGGUCAUACAUUAGCAGUUUGUGAUAUUUCAUUACUGAGGUCUUUGAGUGUAGCAUGUUCACUUAUCUUAUAAGCACAAUUAUUUCUAAGGUUUUGGCUUUUCUUUAAAAUGAGAGAAAAUUUCCAUUCAGUUUCUAAUCUAAAAACAAGGCUGCAUUUACUUCUGAAUUCAUGUUUUUUGUCCAUGUCCUUAAUCCACUUGCAUGUAAACAGGAGUUGAUACUGAUCACAUGGCAAAGACGGGUUUUGAAAUAGAACGAAUGUAGUCAUAACUCAUUUUGUACCAAAUUCUAGUCUCUCAAAAUCAGUGCAAAGACUAGAAAUAAAAUCAUUAAAGACUAAUAUCAAAGUAAAGGCCACAUGGACAUGCUGGAGUGAUUGUCCAUGGCUUCUUUGGCUGUUGGACAUUCCUAACAUUAUUAGGCUAUUUUUAUUAACAGUAAAAAGAGUAUUAUGUAAUAUUUUGGGUUAUAAGGUAGAAAUUCCCAUAUGCAUAUGUGUAUAAUAAAAUAUAUACAAUAAUAAUACUAAUGUAAUUGUUUAAGGCUUGGGCAUUUUUUCCUUUAACACUAGCCGCUCUUGCUCAGAAGCCACUGCAUUGCAAUGUGGUGUUUACACGAAAUGUAUAAGUAAACAGUGUAAAAGUUUCUUUGUCUGCAUGGAUAUGAAUAUUUUUCAGUUUGUCUUAGAAAAUUGUUGUUAUUAGGAUAUAAUUUGACCCUGGAUAUUAGGUGUUAAUGUUACAUUGUUUAACAGAUUACCUUUUAGGGGAAGUUACACAACCAGAACAAGUCCUGUCCACAUGUGUUGGUCUCUGUUUCUACUGAUUUUUUGUGUGUGUACAUCUCUUGAGAAAUGUUUUCAUUAUUUGCAAGCUAAAUCACAGAGUGUAGUUGAUACAAGAUGGAAAAUGCUCGAUUUUUUUCUUUGUAUGUUUGCUCCUAAAUAAAGUACAAUUAUAAUCUCA